AUGACGAGCUUAGUCAUCCUAGUGACUGAGUUGGGUGGGAGCAGAUUCUUUAUCAGACCAUUUGUUUUCUCCUCGGCCCAAGCAUUCACUGCUUCUCUUACCACGACAAGGCUGCGUUCGACCCAAACCCCGUUGGCGAAGGAAAGGAGAGGGCCGCCGAGUGGCCCGCCGUCGGCUAGGAGGCAGGUGGAGAUCUGCGACGAUAGGGAAUUGAGCUCCUGGAUCGAAUCGAACAUGAGGAAGCGCAGGAGCUGUUCGAGGGCAGGGAGGCCCGACCCGACCGCGACCAUGGCCAGCACGACGUGA